AUGUUUCCAGAGCCCCCAACCCCGGGACCUCCAGCGUCCGACACGCCUCCGGACUCAAGUCGCAUCAGCCACGGCCCUGUGCCGCCCUGGGCCCUGGCCACAGUCCUGCUGGUCUCCGGCCUCCUCGUCUUCAGCUGCUGUUUCUGUCUGUACCGGAAGCGCUGCCGGAGGCGGCUGGGCAAGAAGAGCCAGGCCCAAGCCCAGGUGCACCUUCAGGAAGUGAAGGAGCUGGGCCGGAGUUACAUCAACAAGGUGCAGCCGGAAGUGGAAGAGCUGGAGCCGGCACUACCCGGGCCAGGGCAGCAGGCGGCCGAGAAGCACGAGCUAGGACGACUGCAGUACUCCCUGGAUUAUGACUUCCAGAGUGGCCAGCUGCUGGUGGGCAUCCUGCAAGCCGAGGGGUUGGCAGCCUUGGAUCUGGGUGGUUCUUCGGACCCCUACGUGCGGGUGUACCUGCUGCCCGACAAGCGGAGGCGGCAUGAGACCAAGGUGCAUCGGCAGACGCUGAACCCGCACUUUGGGGAGACCUUUGCCUUCAAGGUGCCCUACGUGGAGCUGGGAGGCAGGGUCCUGGUCAUGGCGGUGUACGACUUCGACCGCUUCUCCCGCAACGAUGCCAUCGGGGAGGUGCGGGUCCCCAUGAGCUCCGUGGACCUGGGGAGACCAGUGCUGGCCUGGCGGGAGCUGCAGGCGGCUCCGCGGGAGGAGCAGGAGAAACUGGGGGAUAUCUGCUUCUCCCUCCGCUACGUCCCCACCGCCGGGAAGCUCACCGUCAUCGUGCUGGAGGCUAAAAACCUGAAGAAGAUGGACGUGGGAGGGCUGUCAGAUCCGUACGUCAAGGUGCACCUGCUGCAGGGCGGCAAGAAGAUGCGGAAAAAGAAGACGACCAUCAAGAAGAACACGCUGAACCCCUAUUACAACGAGGCCUUCAGCUUCGAGGUGCCCUGUGACCAGGUCCAGAAGGUGCAGGUGGAGCUGACCGUGCUGGACUACGACAAGCUGGGCAAGAACGAGGCCAUCGGCAGGGUGGCGGUGGGGGCCGCGGCCGGCGGGGCGGGCCUCCGGCACUGGGCGGACAUGCUGGCCAACCCCCGGCGGCCCAUCGCCCAGUGGCACUCGCUGCGGCCGCCCGACCGAGUGAGGCCGCUGCCUGUGCCCUGACCCCUCCUGAACACCCCUGACCCCGGACUCCGGGCCGCAGCCACGCCCAGGCCCACCUUUCCGCCUUCGCUGGGCACCAACCCCCACCCCACCCCUCCGCCCCUGCCAUCUGGCCCAUUCCUGCCGUCUCGCCCCCGUCAUGCCAAUCACGAUAACUUGCCAACUUCCCCCAACCCACCCAGGGUCCCCCCGCUCUGCUUUGACAAUCAGUGAUCCCAUCGGACUCUCCCCUUCGCCCUGCACAGGAUCAGCCACCCUGUCCCCAGUCCCAUUCCUGCACUGCUCCUCGGGCCAAAUAAAUA